AUUCUGGAGUAUGUCGCCAGCCUGUUCCCAAUAUUUGGGUGGAUAACCAGAUAUAAUUUGGGAUGGCUGACAGGCGACGUUAUUGCUGGUCUGACGGUGGGCAUCGUUCUCGUCCCACAAAGCAUGUCCUACGCUCAGAUUGCUACCCUAAGUCCGGAAUACGGACUGUACUCUUCUUUCGUUGGCGUUUUGUUAUACUGUGUUUUCGCGACGUCCAAAGAUGUAUCCAUCGGCCCAGUGGCUGUCAUGUCUUUGACCGUGUCCCAAAUCAUCAAGCACGUCGACGACGCAUAUCCUGGUAGAUGGGAGGGUCCGCAGAUUGCCACCACAGUCGCAUUUAUUGCCGGCUUCAUUGUUCUAGGCAUCGGCCUUUUGCGGCUGGGGUGGCUUGUUGAGUUCAUACCGGCGCCUGCUGUAAGUGCGUUCAUGACUGGAUCCGCUAUUAGUAUCGUCUCUGGUCAGGUCCCCGGCCUGAUGGGUAUUUCUGGUUUCGACACCCGAGCCGCAACGUACGAAGUGAUCAUCAACACUCUGAAAGGGCUUCCAAGAACGAAACUCGAUGCCGCAUGGGGACUUUCUGGGCUUAUCGCGUUGUAUAUUAUCCGCUUCUCAUGCGAUCGUCUCGCGAAGCGCUUCCCUCGCAGAGCACGCAUACUGUUCUUCGUCUCUGUGUUCAGGAACGUUUUCGUCAUCCUGGUUUUGACGGUUGCAGCGUGGUUGUAUACGAGGCAUCGACAAAGCGCCAGUGGCAGCUAUCCCAUUAAAAUCUUAAAGGACGUACCAGGCGGUCUUCGGCACGUCGGUCAGCCAGUCAUUGACCCCAAGCUUGUCGCUGCUCUGGCGGGGCAACUUCCUAUCGCAGUCAUCAUUCUAUUACUGGAACACAUUGCGAUUGCGAAGUCUUUUGGACGAUUGAAUGGUUAUAAAAUUAACCCCAACCAGGAGCUGAUAGCCAUCGGAGUCACGAACACUGUCGGGUCAUGCUUCGCCGCUUAUCCCGCAACAGGCUCGUUCUCCCGUUCUGCUUUGCAAUCCAAAUCUGGCGUCAAGACUCCUGCUGGGGGUAUUGUCACGGCUGCAGUUGUAAUCGUUGCAUUAUACGGCGUAACACCGGCUUUCUAUUGGAUCCCGACUGCAGGGCUGUCUGCUGUUAUCAUACAUGCUGUUGCAGAUUUGGUAGCCUCUCCCAAGCAGAUUUAUUCUUACUGGUGUGUGUCACCCAUGGAGUUCAUAAUCUGGCUCGCAGCCGUGAUCAUCACAAUCUUUUCGUCUAUUGAAAACGGAAUCUAUGCAUCCAUCUGUGCCUCUCUCGUACUUCUUCUCAUCCGCGUUGCUCACCCACGAGGCUACUUCCUGGGAAAAGUAACGGUGCACGAUGGAGCCUCCGAAGACAAGGAUGCUCGCGAGGUCUUCGUUCCCCUCACAAAAGACGGCGUGACCAAUCCCCAGGUCAAAGUUGUUCCUCCCUCUCCAGGCAUUAUCAUAUACCGCUUUGAAGAAAGCUAUCUUUAUCCCAAUUGCGCGCAGUUAGAUUCUGCUCUUGUGGAUUAUGUCAAGGAGAAUACUAGACGAGGAAAAGACAUGAGUGCAGUCAAGCACAAGGACCGGGCGUGGAACGAUCCUGGCCCUCGCCAGGGUGCAAAUGCGGAAUACGAAGCAAACAGCAACCUUCCCCUACUCCGCGCCGUCGUCCUCGAUUUUUCUGGCAUCUCACAAAUAGACACCACUGCUGUCCAGUCCUUAAUUGACACCCGUAACGAGAUAGAACGAUGGGCGGAUCGCUCCGUGGAAUUCCACUUUGCCACAAUUCUCUCUCCCUGGAUACGUCGAGCCCUUGUUGCGGGCGGUUUUGGAGUGGGAUCACCAUCGUUCAAGGUGCCCCAGGAGAUCGCGGUGGUCGUUCCCUAUCGAGAUGGCCAGAGGGAUAGAAAUAUUUCGGAAUCAUGCGACGAACGUCCAAAAGAUAUAGAAAGUGGACAUUGGAAGCACUUGGCUCGUCCUUCGACUCAGGAAGUCCCAGCUGGCUUUGCUUCGCUGUUACCCGUAGAGACCCCAUUCUUCCACUUCGACCUUGCAGCCGCCGUCCGGGCAGCAGAAGAUGCAGCGUCGUAAACAAGUAACUGUCUGUCUUUCAUCUUAU